ACAGAACGUGUAGGCAUUACAAUGUAAAUGAGCAUAACAUAGAAGCCAUGACUCAAAAGGAUCAUUCAUUAAACAUAAACAUGGUAGCAGGACAUGGGGUCGUUGUUAAAUUGUACAAAAAAUAGAGUAGCCUAAAAUAAAAUGAUGACAAAAAACAUUUUCUCAAAAAAAAACGAGUAGGCCUAUUUGGCAAAACUAUUUUAUUGGAUAGAUACAAAUGAAUUUCUUAAUAUAAUCCUGAAAAGUUUAAACUAUGGAGAAUUUGGCCUUUUUUAUUAGAAAUGUUUCGUAUGAAAAUAGUAUAUUCUUGGCUUCCAGUUUUGUAAAAAUGAAUCAGUUGAGUUGUCAAAUAAUCUCCAUUCUCACCCAAUUUGUUUAAUGUUUCCUGCUUAGCUUAGAAAAAAUGCAUUUUAAAAAGUGAUUGAUUUGACGAAUUUCUUGUUUGGCUUAUGCCUUUAAUACUAAAUUCAAUGUAUUGAAUAUUUCAUGUUCCUUUGUACUGUCAGUUCUGUUUAUUUCUUCUGCACGCAUGAGAUGUUUUCUGUGAGCGCCCCUCCCUUUGUCAAGCUGUUGUUAUUCACACAAUACCACUUGAUCUGGUUGUGUUUUGCUCUCGUCUGGCCGUCUGCAGCGCAUCACAGGCGGGCCGCUGAUGAUGAGCCUCUGGAGAAUAUUUAAAGCUCCGGGAAAGCGGAAGCCUGGCCUGCUGUUUGUUAUCAGCUGAGGACGGCUGCUAGCUAGCACAACGCUGAAUAUAGCAUAGCAUUAGCUAGCGUUCUCAUCUGUUAUUUCACACUCAAAACUAAAUAAUGAAACAAGAAGGAAACACGAGGAUAUUAUGGCGGUAAUACCUGCCGUAGGAAGACAUUUUUAAGAAGAAGACACAGAGAUGAUGAUCAGCAGGACGAAUGUACUGUAGGAAAUGCAGCAGUCUGGCUCCUAUCUUUGGUGAGGGGUUAUCUGCGGGGAGGCAGCUGUUUAUCAAAACGAACCCUUCCCAGCCUGCGGAGAGCAGAGUUUGUGCUUCCUGAUCCCCAAACCAGCCUUCUCCUCUGAUCCUCGACACCCUCACCUCAGACUCUGCGGCCUGUGUCUGGCUGCUGUAACCAUGACGACAGGCGGGUGUUGCCACCUGCCUGGCUCUCUGUGUGACUGUUCGAGCAGCACCGGCCUAUGUAAGAGCGUGGAUGAAGGAGGGGGAGACGCGUGCCAGACGCUCUACAUCACCCAGGUCACAGCCAUGGAUGGGCGGCUGCUGUCCUCUGUGCUCAAACCCAUGAGCACACAAAGUCUCAGUGAUGGUCCCAUCUGCCGUAUUUGCCACGAAGGAGCGUGUGGUGAGCCUCUGCUGUCUCCGUGCGACUGCACAGGCACUCUGGGCACGGUGCACAAGAGCUGCCUGGAGAAGUGGCUCUCAUCGUCCAACACCAGCUACUGCGAGCUCUGCCACACGGAGUUCACCAUCGAGCGCCGGCCCAGGCCUCUCACAGAGGUAACAAAGUGGCUGCGAGACCCCGGCCCCCGUAAUGAGAAGAGGACGCUGUUCUGUGACAUGGUGUGCUUCCUGUUUAUCACGCCCCUAGCAGCCAUUUCAGGCUGGCUGUGUCUGAGGGGCGCUCAGGACCAUCUCCAGCUGGGGAGCUGGCUGCAGUCCGUCGGCCUCAUAGCCCUCACCAUCGCACUCUUUACCAUAUAUGUGCUGUGGACCCUGGUGUCUUUCCGCUACCACUGUCAGCUGUACUCUGAGUGGAGAAGAACCAAUCAGAAAGUACGUCUUCUCCUUCCUGAGGCCAAGGGGUCAAACUCUUCCCAGCAUUCCCUGCUCUCUACCAAACUGAUGAAGAAGUCUGCCAAUGACAGUAUAGUAUGAGACCAAGUGGAGACGGUUGGUGAUGAAGGUGUCUUUAAUGUGCGAGGGCUGAUUGUCGCCUGCCAGUUAGCCUUUAAAGAAGCACUUUUUGUGCUUUUCUUGUUGGUUUUUACAAAUACCCCAUCAGUACUUAUUUUACAUCCCUUUUUUAAACGACAUCUGUCCUCCUGUGGGUGCAGAAAUGUACACAUUUGAAUGGAGUCUGGGUGUGGACCCGGCUUAUGCAAAGGCUCUGAGGAACGGAGCAGCACAUGGGGAAGUGCAGAGACUUUAACAGAGACAUGGGAACAUGAUGAUGACAUGAAUAACAGUGACAGCAGAAACAGAAAUGACCAAACUAACUUGUUGAGUGGACUGUGAGAUGUUUUAGUUAUUCUUCUGCCUGGUUUUUAAUAACACGUCCUUCGUCUACAGAUUACUGUGGAGUAAAGCAGCGCCUAUGAUUGUGGUGAUGCAAUGACUAAGUGAGAUUAGAUGUCAAUCCUUGGCAUGCCCUUACCUUUAAAGGCCUUGCAUUCUCUGCACAACGUUGCCCAUUGAUGACCUCAUUCAAACCACCUGAUGUGUGAUCCCAUUGUACUCUUAGUUUAUUCAUUAAUUCACAAUCCAGAUACAUGUUACAUGAGCAUUUUAGCACAAACCUAUCUAACUUCUAUCAACGUUUUUUAAUUUGAUUUCUAUCUUAAGUUUAUUUUUUCUAAACUAAGAAUGUGUUACAGUACAACAUUAGUAAAGCCAGAGAUUGUGCAAUCAAACUCUGUGGACAUCGAGGUCUUCACAGCACAUGAAGAGACCACGCCCAACAUGCACAGUUAUGCAUGCGAGCACUGUUCACAUUUGUUUAGUUUUUUUUGUAGAUUAGUGUAUUGUUAAUUUUUAUUUUCUUUGUGUUUCAAAAACAUUUAUUGAACUACUCCUACUGAGGAUCAACAGUGUCCUCAUAGAGGUUCUUGUUCCAUCAGCACUUAGCACGUAGUUCAAUUUAAAAUCUCUGUCAAAAUAGCUCUUAGAGGAACAUUUCCAAAUGUUGUUUGGGGACUGACACAGAGCACUAUAAUUGUAACUGCGAGUUUAAGUACCUAAUUAUAGCUUCUCUGUUGUGUUUAAACUAUUAUCAAACAAUACACACUGCAGUAUGCGUGUAGUUUCCAUUAUCAAAGCAAGAACCAGGAAAACAGAAAGGCCCUGCACGCUCUGCUCUUUGGGCGGUGGUGGGGAAGUCGAUAGGGACUUGGCUUGGCAACUGGAAGGUCACCAGUUCAAGUCCGGGCAAAACCAAGUGCUACCGAGGUGUCCCUGAGCACGGCACCGUUCCCUACACUGCUCCCCGGGCGCCGUUAAAAAUGGCAGCACACUGCUCCUAACACAGGAUGGGUCAAAUGCAGAGAAACAAUUUCCCCACGAGGGAUUCAUAAAAAGUCCAUCUCUCUUUCAUUUCAAACCUUUAUUUAUCCAGAUUGUCCCAUUGAGAUCAUAGAUGUCUUUUUCAAGGGAGACCUGCAGCAAUUAGGUUCCACAUGAAACAUAAAACAACAUAAAACAAUAGAGGAUAUCAUACAAGCUACAUGUACAUACUUAUCAGCUCUUAUCACUGAAGUCAAACAUCAUCAACGUGUUUUCAGUGCUUGUGUUUAGUGCUUCUGCUAGUCUGACAUUAACUCUACCCCCACGAUGGCUUUGGUGGUGGGUACAUUAUGCAAGCACCACUAAAGAUGAAUCCCACUCUAGCUUGUUUUCACUUUUCUUUAGAGGAACUCAUCAGAUGCUUAUGUGCUUUUUAAAAUCCAUUUGAUACAUGUAAACAUUUUUCUUGUUUUCAUGUUACUGACCGGACUCAUGUGGGUCUGUAUUGGUUGUUUGGAGAUUUGUGAACACGUCUUUUUCUCUUGUGUAUAUCGUUACGUGCAGUUUGUAAUCAGGUCGCUAAUAGUGACUUUCUAUCAGCUAUUGACAAAACAAACCACAGUGUCUGCCUGGUUUCCAGAUGUCACGGUCCUAACAUCAUCCAGUUGUUCAAAUAUUUGGUCCCACAUACUUCAGGUUAUGGAAAGACAGUUACAGUAGUUCACACUUUUGUUGCUUAACAGGGAGAUAAGAUUAAUGAUAAAACCUAGUCGUAUGAAGGAAUAUGUAAUUGUUAAAACCAACAAAACACACUGCUUUCAGAAAUGCAACACUUUUUGGGGGGGCGGAGUUUGAUGCAGGAUGGGAAGUCUAUCGUUCAGUAUUAUUCUGCAGUAUUUACUAUUUUCUAUAUUUGUAAGUCUGUGGAAUUCAAUAAAGAAAUGACAUCAGCACCGUCAGCAUAUUCAUGCUGCGACUGAACUCUAGAUUACAAUUA